GUCAGAAUAAUGUCACUUACGAAAAUGGCGGCGAGUCAGGGCAGUAUGGGCGCUGCUGCGGCUCUUCAGAGCCAGCACUAUCUGAAUGUCACUCCCUGGAACCCGGGUGUGAUGCAACAGCAGCAGCAUCCGCUGCACACCGCCCGCAGUUUGGAGCGCGCUCUGGAGGAUGCUCUCUGCUCCGGGAUGCUCAACAUCAGCGGCAGAAAAUUGCGCGAGUACCCGGGGCUCAGCUACGAUCUGACCGAUACUACACAAGCAGACUUGUCAAGAAACCGUUUCUAUGAAAUCCCUCCAGAAGUCUGUAUGUUUGCACCACUGGAGUCAUUAAACCUUUAUCACAACUGCAUAAAAGUCCUUCCAGAGGCCAUUAUCAACUUACAGAUGCUCACCUACCUGAACAUCAGUCGAAAUCAACUGUCCGUGCUCCCCAAGUCUCUCUUCAAUCUUCCUCUGAAAGUGCUGGUGGUGAGCAACAAUAAACUCCUGUCUGUUCCUGAGGAAAUCGGCAAGGCCAAAGACCUUAUGGAGCUGGACAUUAGCUGUAAUGAGAUCCAGGUGCUUCCAACUCAGAUGGGGAAACUCCUCGCAUUACGAGAACUCAACAUACGAAGAAACUGGCUUCAAGUACUACCGGACGAAUUGUCUGAUCUGCCAUUGAUAAGAUUGGAUUUCUCUUGUAAUAAGAUUACAGAGAUUCCCCCAUCUUACUGCAAACUCAAGCAGUUACAACACAUUGUUCUUGACAACAACCCUAUGCAGUCUCCACCCGCGCAGAUCUGUUUGAAGGGGAAGAUUCACAUCUUCAAGUAUUUAAACCUGCAGGCAUGUCGCCUGGAUAAAAAAACAGAUACACUUGAAUUGCCCUCGCUGGGAAAACGUUGCUUACCACAGCAGCUGACAGAUAGUAUGGAAGAUUUCUAUCCCAGUAAAAACCAUGGCCCUGACUCAGGUAUUGGCAGUGACAACGGUGACAAAAGGCUGUCGACUACAGAGCCAUCUGACGAUGACACGGUUAGUUUCCACUCUCAAGUGUCUGAGACAGUGCGGGUUGAUGCACGCUUACUUCUCACAAAGCUGGAUUCAAACAAAGAUCAGGACCAAUACGACUUCAUUGAGCCAAAUCCAGAUGAAGAAGCUACACUUUCUGAGGGAGAUAUAAAACAAAAUGCACCCUACGUGACAUGUAUUAAGGAGUUGGAGAGGGUUUUAAAAACACACCAAAGCAAAGACAAAGAGAACUGUAAAGAGGAGUCUGGCUCAGAGAAAGAACAGUUAGCUGAAGAAGAGGAAGAUGACUUGAAGGAAGUGUUGGAUCUGAGGAAGAUCGCAGUACAGCUGCUACAACAAGAGCAACAGAACAGGAGGCGGUCCCUAAUUUGCAGGGCAGAGAGUCUAAUACACCGUAGAAGAGCAGCGGGGAGAGCUCACAGAUUUCUCAGUCACUCAGGAAGCAGCAGCAAACAGAGAUCCCCAUCUCAGACUGGCAGAAGUGCGUCACUAGAUGAGGGAAGCAGCUCAGCCUCUGCCCUGAGUGGACAGGAGACUGAUCUCACUGAUGAAGAUGCAGCUUUCUCUGAGCCUUCUUCUUCUUGCUCGUUUGAUGGAAGUUUGAAAUCGGAGAGCAGUGAUUCGGAACCAAGAUGGCCAGAGGUUCCUCCUGUACUCAACCAGAAUGAGGAUCGCAGAAGAAACAAGUACCUGAGGAAAGACUAUCUGAAGUACAAGUGCCAAAGUUCUCGAAGACACUCCAGUGGCCAUGACAAUGAUUGUGAGGAGGGAAUGUGUUCUAAUGAUUUCACCACAACCCUCACGGUCUUUGGCCUGAAACCUAGAUCAGCCCUCUCCCGUGGCAGUCGACAAGAUUUUAGCUCCACAGACCCAAGCUUCACCAUGAGGAGAAAGAUGGAGCACCUCAGGGAAGAGAUGGAACAGAUUGGACUCCUGCGGCAGAAUCUCGAGUCCAGGUUAAAGGUUUUAUUGCCAGAUGAUGUGGGUGUUGCUUUAAUGGAUGGUGUUGUUUUAUGCCAUCUGGCCAAUCAUAUCUGUCCCCGUUCAGUGGCCAGCAUUCAUGUACCCUCCCCUGCAGUGCCAAAGCUGAGCAUGGCCAAGUGCCGGCGGAAUGUUGAGAAUUUCUUGGAUGCUUGUAAAAAGCUUGGAGUGCCACAGGACAAAUUGUGUUUGCCACAUCAUAUCCUGGAGGAGCGAGGUCUGGUAAAAGUUGGUGUCACUGUACAGGCUUUGCUGGAACUUCCAUCAACAAAACCCAACCAACUUUCCACCAUGUAGCAUGCCAGUGGUCAUCAUGGGAUGACCACUGGCAUCCAUUUACCCUGCCUUACCACCUCAUCCUCACAUCCUCUACCCCAGAUAAUCUCUUAAUACCGACCUUGGAACUUGAUCAUGACUCUUCACCCUAACUCAACUACGGCGACCAGUCCGACUUCCCCCUACCUCUUAUAAUUCCCAAUGAAGGGGACUAGACAUAUUAAGCCUACUUGAGUGGAAAUUGGAAGUUAAAGCCACACAUUUAAUUCUGAGGGGGAACAGGUAAGCAGACCAAAACCGAAGUGGGCUACAAACCCCAUUCGGACCAGCUAAAUGCAGUAGACUAGUACAAUAGUACUGAAUUCACUUUUUCAUGGAUAAACUCUAAAUAUCUGUUUUUGUUCCAUGAGGGAGGUACACCUUCUUUUUGUAUCUCCUCAUCUCUCUCGUUGUCUCUUCUCUUGGACCGAUGAGCCCUACUGGCGAGGACUGGAGAAAAGUACACAGUCUGAUUAUGGACAAGAGGGAAGGUGUUACUUAAUUGCCAGACCAACCCUCACCUGUAUGAAGUCAAUAAGAGCUGUCAGUCAGCUGCACCCUAUUUCACCUCACAUUCUUUCACUCCCUUGCUGCAUGAGGAAGAAUAAUAGGACAGAAACAUGUUCAAGUAAAUCUAAACCAGACCAGUACAGAGGAAAUCUGGACAUGACAGAUGAAAAUUUGUUGAAAUAAACAGUGUGUCCCAAGGAAACAACUGUUGAUGCACUUGGGUAAGAUGACUCAUUGCUGUGGCAGUGGGCUGUGCACUCUAAAGUUUGGUCUGCAUGUCUGAACGGAUGUGGUUGAACUGAGGACUCACUGCUCACAUGCCUGUACAAGACAAAGGCUCACGUGUAUCGUUUUACCCGCCUGCCAGUCUUUUAUCUUUUUCAUUAUUGUUUUCGCUGUUAUUUCCAGGGGGGAUUUAUAUAAUACUUCAGUUCUCAUGAACAAUCAGUGACUGCUUUAGGCAUUCCCAGCAUCAGUUGGACACAUUUUUGCUCUUGUGCCUGUGUAAAUGUGGUGCACACAUAAAAUUGUGUGAUGUGCAGGUAUGCAUAAUUGCAGCACUAAGAAUAGGUCUGUUAAAUGUCCCUGCAAAACUGAAUAUUAUUUCCAUACAGUUGGAACAGUCCAUUAAUAAUUAAUACACAAAUACAUUGUAAUGAUUGGAACUCUCAAUCACUUAAGUUAAAGACAAGUUUUAAAAAUUGCCCCCCAAAUUGGCAGUCGCCCCUUCCCCAUUCAUGUUUUAUUGGAAUCCAGUUCAAAAUGCUUUAUUUAUUGAAUGAAAACAACAGUUUCAAGGGCCCAGAUAGCACAAUCUAAUUGCAGGGUUGGGAAGGUUAAUUUUGAAAUGUAUUCCUCUACAGAUUACAGAAUACAUAUUGUAAAAUGUAAUUUGUAAUGUAUUCCGUUAGAUUACUCAAGGUCAGUAACGGAUUCUAAAUACUUUGGAUUACUUCUUCAGCACUGGUAGAUUUUUUCACUUGUUUUUACUAUAAAAACUCUGCCAGUACAUUUACAUUUAUGCAUUUGGCAGACACUUUUAUCCAAACGGACUUACAGUGUACUCAUUACAGGGACAAUACCCCCGGAGCAACCUGGAGUUAAGUGCCUUGCUCAAGGACACAAUGGUGGAGGCUGUGGGGAUUGAAUCAGCAAAAUAUAUUUUUACAGGAAAACAGUACAAAAAUUAUUAUCAAGAAUAUGAUUUUUGCCCUAGUAUCAAAGGUCUUACUAGAAAAAAGAAAUUAUGAUCCAACGUGAAUUUUCUUGAUAAAAAAUAUGAUUGUGCCUGGUAACGUGCAUGUAAAAUGGCUAGAAAUAGCAUUUUAGCUUAGCGUAAAGCUGACAAUUUACACAAGGUUUAUUUCUAUUUCUUCUGGUCCAAACUUACUUCAAACUUACUUCUCUGUCUGCUCGUGUGAAUGUAACACAUCAUAAGAAAGUGUUUCACCGCUGUUCAAAUGCACUUUGGAUCGCAUCAUUUAUAUCUGAAAAGACUAAAUAUUAAAUGAUACAAAUGACAAUAAAAUGCAAAGUAAUCUCUUCAGUAAUCAAAAUACUUUUUGAAUGUAACUGUAUUCUAAAUACCAAUGAUUUAAAUUGUAACUGUAGUGGAAUACUGUUACUUAUAUUUUGUAUUUUAAAUACGUAAUCCAGUUACAUGUAUUCCGUUACUCCCCAACCCUGUCUAAUAGACAUCUGCUAAACAUCUUAAAAAGAUACAAUUUACAAACAAUCUAAAUCAUAAAUGUCUCAAAGACAUCUACUGAAUGUCUUUUAUUGACAUCGGAGACAUACUUAUUGACAUAGACGUAUUGCAGGUGAGCAAGCAACAUAAAAAAAUACAUCUUCCAGAUAUAAGUAGGGGAGAGUGGGGCACAAACUAGCCCAGGGUUAGUUGUCACACACGUGGUUUACACGUUUCCACACACGCUGGUAAAACGAAACUUCAUUUGUUUACCUGUUUCCCUAUCAACACCGCGUAGAGAAAAAAUUGCAGAAAAAUUCAAAAAACUUCACCAAAAGUGCAUUUUAAAGUAGCAAAAGUAAAAAUUCACAUGAAUGUAAAUUUUCAUGUCUGUUUUUACUGUUUACUUAAAAUGAGGCAAACUUGGUAUCAUUUUAAUCUCCAGUCUGUUAGCUAGCAUCUUGCAUAGUCUUUUAAUUCCCAGGUUAAAUCCCAGUUGCGCCGACGGAUAUGCAAUUCCAUGCAGUCAGAUAUGUAAUUUACAUAAUUUCCCAUAAUGCAUGUGUGUGUUUUGUCAUCAAUCCAUGCAUUAUUUCGGUCAAUGCUGUGGCUUUGUUAUGUAUUUAUUGUUGUCAAGUGUAAAAAUUAUUGCUAUAUUAUAUAUGUUAAAGUGAAUAAAUGGCUUUUAUUGACAUGAAAAUGUAGUUUAUCUUCUAGGCUUUUUAAUCAGAUCAGAUACAGUUGUUAUAGGGAGAUUUUAAGCUGUUAUAUGGUCAUGUUACAAUGUGCCCCUCAGCUAAUGUAACUUUUCACUUUCUUUUUAUCGAGGUAGAUGGCGGAAAAAAUAUACGCUGUAUUCAUGAAACAAGACCACAUAUGUGUAAUAGACACGUGUGAAAUUAAUGUGGAAAAAGAAAAAUACAUCAAACCCAAAGUACAUUUACACAAACUUAAGAAAAACAAAUAGUGUUAGUUUGUGUCCCGCUCUCCCCCUACACAAAUCAAAUAGACGACUGGGUGAUGUAGGUGUGCUAUAAGGGUAUAAAAAUGUGUCCAUUUUUGUCCAAGGUUGUACACUCUACAGUACAGGUCUACUUUGCAAUAACAGAACCUACAUUAAGCAUGACCGUGCAAAAUCAUUGUAAGCAAUCUGAUUUUAAUCAGAGUUAGAAAUAUAAUGCUAUUUAUGUUGUAGACCUACAUCAUGAUUUUUAGCACUUUAAUUUUUAUUUUAUUCUAAUAUAACUUAUAUUAAAUAAUUUUAAGUUAUCUUGGGGCCCCUUGAAAUUUGCAGAGCCCCCCUGGUUGAGAACCACUGGUAUAGACUGCAUACUACAUGCUACAGUUUGAAAUUUACGCAGAAGUACAAAGUCUGCAACAGUAAUGAUUCAAAUUGUAGCAAAUCAUUGUCAUAUAAACCCACAGCAUACCCAGUUGCAGAAAUACUGAAACAGAAGUUUCAUGACAAACAUAUUGCACUGUGGGAAACAGUUCCACAUCUCAGGCAGUAUAUUGCAAAUUUGAUGAUUACAGUAUGUAGGCGUACUUCAUAACUUUUGUUGUGACAAUGUGCGUACUGUGAUAUCGGAGUACUACGUUCCAGAUUUCUGUCAAAUUUAAUGAGAUUUAUGUGACAGUAUGCUGUUUCUAUCACAACCAGUCUUGUGUUACAAUAUUUAUUUUUAUCUCCCCAUCAAACUCCAUACUGGCAGUGCUUUGAAAUAGUAUCUGAAAAUGUUCAGUUUGUAUAAAGAAACAUAUUGAUUCAAAUGUAAUGAAUAGACAGGAGGCACCUCCUAUGCAGUGCAUACGUACUGUAUGUAUAGGUGUUUUUUAUGACAACUGAAAUUGCAUGUCUGGAUCAAACCACCAUUCAUGUAAAUAAUCUCUGUAUAAACGCAUUAGGAUGUUUCUUAAAAAGGAAAACAAAAUGUUUGAAAGGUCAGAAUACUGGAAUAAAACAAGCUUUUCUAGUGUAUCUGUGUCAUUUGGCAUUGGUUUGAUCUCCGUCUACUUCGCUGUACAACACAUCACAUAACCAUUGCUUCAAGGAUCAGUGCCUGGGGUUCUACAAUACACCAGCCCACAAUGGUGUCUUCACAAAAAGGGAAAUAAUAUACACUGAAAACAAACUAAUGGAAACAGGGCUAUAAACAUGAUCAAAUAAGCAGUUACUUUCACAUCGUGCAAAGAUUUCAUCAUCUGUCAGUGUCCAUCAUCUGCUACAUGAUUAAUGAAUUAGGAAAGUUCAUUUCCAAGGAAAAACAAGAUUAAUCUUAGCUGACUUUCCACAUUGAAUAUAUUUCAGUGUAGACUGAAAU